GCCUGGCUUGUUCAGCUGCCUGUUGCAAGGUUCCUUAUGCUUAUGUGUUGCGUUUCAGAGGGAGCCACAGAUGCAUGAGAGGGAAGAUUACUUUAAAUUCUGGACUUUAGAAACAGAACAGAAAUACUAGAAGCCUAGGACAUUGGUCAUGUACUGACAUCCUCAGUGCUGUAUAGGGUCUUUGUGAGGGGAAGGCUGCUGGUGAACUAUUUCUAAAUCAGACACACCUUUGGGUUGGGCUAUUUUGGAAACUAAGUAUCUGUUGAUGAGGCUAGAGGUAUGGACUGCUAGGCAGAAGUGAUUUUAUUUUGUGUUUUUACAUGUACUUUGAUCAGCUGAUGCAUCUGAAGGACAGUCUCCUGUGAGAGAAGAGCAGUGCUGCCUUGUAGUGAGCCUGUCCUGAUUUUUAUCAAAGUGAGGAUUGCUGACUUUCAGGCAGCUGGGCAAGACAGGAAAAGGGACGUGCAAUGGGGUUUCCUUUAUUUGGGGACAGCAAGUCCUUCUAUUUCCGGAUGUGGAAUGGACUGAGUCAGAUGUUGCAAGGCAAAAAAUCCUGGGAUAAACAUCUGGACGAAAUCUACCUCCUCCAGCAGAAAAGGAUCUGGGAAUCCCCACUGCUCCAGGCUGCCAAGGAGAACAACCUCCGAGCCAUUACAAAACUUCUCACAGAUGGAACAUGUGAUAUCUAUCAAAGAGGUGCAGUGGGGGAGACAGCCCUUCAUGUGGCUGCCUUGUAUGAUAACGUGGAGGCUGCAGUGGCUUUGAUGGAAGCAGCUCCAGAGCUCGUCAAUGAGAGGAUGACAUCAGAGCUCUAUGAAGGGCAGACAGCUCUCCACAUUGCAGCAGUGAACCAGAACAUCACUCUGGUGAAGGCUUUACUCAAGAGAGGGGCCAAUGCCUGCAUGGCACGGGCCACUGGGCAAUUCUUCAGGCGCAACUCCCAGAAUCUCCUCUAUUUUGGAGAACACGUUUUAUCAUUUGCUGCCUGUGUGGGAAAUGAGGAGAUUGUAAGGUUGCUCAUUGAAAAUGGAGCUGACAUUAGAGCUCAGGAUUAUUUGGGUAACACUGUUCUUCACAUCCUGGUUCUACAACCUAACAAGACAUUUGCCUGCCAUAUGUACAGCCUGAUACUUUCCUAUGACAGGAGCAAACAGGGAUCAGGAUCACUUGAAUUGAUUCCAAACAAUGAGGGGCUUACUCCAUUCAAACUGGCUGGAGUUGAGGGCAAUACUGUGAUGUUUCAAUAUCUCAUGCAGAAGCGGAAGUACAAUCUCUGGUCCUUUGGCCCCUUGACCACUGUGCUCUAUGAUCUCACAGAGAUUGACUCCUGGGCUGAAGAUCAGUCCUUCCUUGAGCUCAUUGUCUCAACCAAGAAGAGAGAGGCCCGCCAGAUCUUAGACUUAACACCUGUGAAGGAACUGGUGAGCUUGAAGUGGAAUAUGUAUGGACGACCCUAUUUCUGUUUCCUGGCUUUAUUCUAUGUGCUCUACAUGGUCUGCUUCACUAUGUGCUGCAUCUACCGACCACUGAAACCCCGAACAGACAACAAAACAAGCAGUAGAGACAAUACUAUCUAUAUCCAGAAAAUGCUGCAGGAAUCAUAUCUGACAUAUGAGGAUGAGCUGAGGCUGGUGGGGGAGCUGAUCACAGUCAUUGGUGCUGUAGUAAUUUUGAUCCUUGAGAUCCCAGAUAUCCUUAGAGUUGGAGCAGCAAAAUACUUUGGACAAACCAUCUUAGGAGGCCCUUUCCACAUAAUUAUUAUCACAUAUGCUUGCAUGAUUCUGGUAACCAUGGUGAUGCGUCUCACCAGCAUGACUGGUGAGGUGGUGCCCAUGUCCUUUGCCCUGGUGUUAGGAUGGUGCAAUGUCAUGUACUUCGCGCGAGGCUUCCAGAUGCUGGGACCCUUCACCAUCAUGAUCCAGAAGAUGAUAUUUGGCGAUCUUAUGCGCUUUUGCUGGCUCAUGGUUGUGGUGAUACUGGGCUUUGCAUCAGCUUUUUACAUCAUCUUCCAGACUGAGAAUCCUGAAAACCUUGGCCAGUUCUACAACUAUCCUAUGUCCUUGUUCACCACCUUUGAGCUGUUCCUCACUAUCAUUGAUGGCCCUGCAAACUAUGAUGUGGACCUGCCCUUUAUGUACAGUGUGGUAUACUUUGCCUUUGCCAUCAUUGCCACCCUCCUUAUGCUCAACUUGCUUAUUGCCAUGAUGGGUGACACCCAUUGGAGAGUGGCCCAUGAACGGGAUGAGCUCUGGAGAGCCCAGGUUGUUGCUACUACUGUUAUGCUGGAACGGAAGCUGCCACGAUGUCUCUGGCCUCGCUCUGGAAUCUGCGGUCGGAACUAUGGGCUAGGGGACCGAUGGUAUCUCAGAGUAGAAGACCGAGUUGAUCCCAACAAACACAAGAUGAUGCGGUACACAGAAGCAUUUAAGGCUCAGGAUAGGGAUAAUUGUGACAAAGGUUUGGAAAAGAUGGAAAUUGAUAGGAACGUCCCAUACAAGAAAGAACUGUCUGCUCUAUCAUUGUCACGGAACACAUCCAGGACUAGUUCUCACCGUGGCUGGGAGAUCCUGAGGCACAACACUUUCCACCAACUUCAUGGGGAGGUCAAUCAUGCCAUGGAAGAGGAGGUCUAUAAUGUCUAAGAAGCCUCUUUCCUUACUCCAGAACAUGGAUCACUUUUGCCACAACAGUUGUCUGCUCCAAAUGUUCAAGCAUGGUAUAGCAGGCCACACACAUUUGCCAGCCUAGAAGAGUUCUGCUGGUGCAUCAUGAAUGGUUGAUGGCAUCUAUGGAUAUAUGAAUCCAGUCUUCUCUCUCCUACCUUUUAGGUGUCCCAGUUGUUGCACUGAUAUUUGCACCAAGUUGGUGGGUUUGCUGAGAUAAAGCCCGUGGUGGUUUGUGAUGCUCUGUAAUGCUCUAAAGAAAUGAACAAAAGGAGCCAGCACUGGGAUUUCAUCCAUUUACAAAGAGAUGAUGAGUAAGUCUUCUCCUAGACUGCUAUAUAUGGUAUAUUCUCUCCCUUUAGUCUCACAGAAUCCCAGUGCUCUCAGAGCAAGGACAGCUGACUGAAGUUCUGCUUUGUAUUUUGGUAGAGAACUGAAAAAAACCCUGUAACUAAACUCAGGAAAGAAGUAGUUGCUGACACUGUGAUGAUUAAAAGGACUGUAGCCAUUCAGCUAGUAUUCAGGGCCUGCCAAAUUUUGCCCUCUGAAGAAAGGCAAAAUCUAUUAGCUGCACUGCCAACAUUACUGUCUUAGCAAGACUGUUCUGUUUAAUUUUUUUUGCCAUGUGAAUGCAUUUUAAGCUAUAUUCCUUUUUAAAAAAGUGAUUGGUAUUUCUAGGAAGAUCUUAAAGGUUCUAAAGUGGUAACUUUUUUCCUAAUGAGAGGACGUUAUGUGACUUUCAGUGGUGUGUCCUCUAUUAAUCUUCCAAGUGAGCUCCAGAUGGUCUCUGUUUUCUGUGGAAGAGUAGGAUUCUGAACAGCAGUGCUCUGACUCGCUAUUGAGCCCUCAAGGUUGUGUAGUGAGCAAUAACAUGGCAGUGAACGAAAUGGAGAGCAAAUGUUGGAUAUAUGAAUAAGAGCUAUUGCAGAGGCAGUAUAGAAAUUGGUAGUCUCUUUCUUUCAAACUCAAAACCAUUCAAUGCACUCCUGAUGCACAGUGACUAAGCCAUCCAAAAAAACUGCUCUCUAGGUUUGAUGCUGUUUCAGUCUUGUCAUUUUACUAUUUGCCAAGGGCCUCAUUAAGAAAAAUGACUGUUCAGAGAAAUGGACUGCCAUUUUAGGAGUUUUCACAUUUUCAGGAACUUGGAAUUUCAUUCCAGUAACAGAAGUGAAAAGAAACAAAUGGUCUUGACAUUUCCUUUUCCAACAGGACCAGUAACAGAACUUUUCUUUUUGAAGAGCUGACACUAUUAUUACUGACACUGGACUUUGAGCCAAAUCACCUCAUGAUAAUCAAAAUCAGACAAUGAGGAACCUGGACCCUGUGGAUUUCUGACUGUACUGAAAUGUCACUGCAAACAUCUCCUGCCUCUCCUCUAUUGCAGGAAGCUGGGUACCAUAAUCAAAAUCAUGAUCUUUGCAAUUACAUGGGUUUAUUAAAUGUCCUUUUUUCUCUUACUUGAAUGGAUAAUUAUGCUCCGAUGGAAGACUGACAGAAGACUGUCUCUCUUGAGCUCAGCUACAUAUUUCUGAGUUGACACAUUUUGUUGAAUUGAAAGUAUUGCUUGAUCUGUGUCAAUUAAGUAUUGUAACCACCUUGCUAAACCUUUGGGGAUUGCAUUGGUGAUCUCUGGAGAAGGGAAAAAUGUGACUUGACACAUGUACCAGAACUGUGAAUUGCUGCUCUUAUUGUAGAUGCAUUUUCUUUCUUCAUGAAUGGGAAACAGUAGGAAAGGGAGAACUGAUAUAUAGCAAGCUUUCCACUAGCUUGAAAACCAACAGAAAUACAAUUAAGACGGAACUGCAUAUGUCAAUUUCUAUACAAGGAUUCCUCUUUGUGAAUAUUUACAAACAACAACAACAACAAUAAUAAAAAGCUAGUUAGAAGCAUAAGCUGUGUAAGCCCUCGUUCUGAGAAUGAGUUUGUGCUCUUUUGCAUCACUGUAAACAAUAAUGAAGCGUAGAACUCAAAACAACAUGUUGAUAUUGCAGAAGGCAGAAUAGAACUCAUUUAACACUACUAGACCUUCUAGAUCUGCCCUACAUUAAAAGAAAAUGUAGCAGGUAUUUUUAAAGAAGUUCCUUCUUUUUUAAAAUUACAUUCUGUAAUAGUCAGCUUUCAAACUCCUUGCACAGAAUGCAUUUUCUCUCCAUUAAAUCUGCAUAAUUUAUUUACCAUUCUUUUAAUUAUUUAUAUUAGUUGCCUGAUACAAAUAUGAGUGGAAAACAGUUGGUCAUCUUCGUUCAUGUUGUCUUAGUAAUCAAUGUACAGCAAUUCUGUUCUAUUUCAGAACUGACCAAUUGCUCUUGGAAUUUUGCUUCCAGUUUCCUGAGGUGACUUGUGCAUUAAAAAAAAAAUCCACGAAAAAGACUCCAAAGCGGGUAGAAUCUUUUAUCAGUAUUAGACAAUUCCCCAGUCAUAUUUUGCCUAAUAUUUUUUGUUGAUGAUGAGUGGUGCAGACUGUCUUUAACAUAAUUUAUUUGAUCUGGAGGAUCAGCAACUAUAAAAGAAAAUUUGGGGUCAGAAAAGUCAGCGGAUAUAAUGGGCAUGCCAGGUGCUGAAAAUAUUAAAUGUGCUAUGUAAAUGUAGAAUACCUACCCUCUUAUAUUAGGGCAUAUACAAAGGAUAAAUGCUCUGCCCACAUGAAUCUCAGGUGACGAAGUUAUAGGAGGCACCAGAAAACACUUGAGCUGCUUCAAAAGGAUCUGUCUCAGAUUGGGAAACAGCAAUGACUGCAGUCACACAAAGGCAAAGCACUUCGACUAUACUGUGCUGCAGGUAUGGACUACCUCAAGAUUUGCAGCAGUGUGAGGCAUUUUGUGAUGUUGGUAUAUCCUAAGAUUCUGAAACAGUAUGGCUCCUCUCUGCUGUUGUGAGGUUUCUUUCCUGUCCCUCCCAAUGAUACUGCAGUAACUUCAAGACAGGCGUUCCUUCUCCCAUUGAAAUUAUUGACCUCAAAUGAUCUUCUAAGCCACUAAAGCAACUUCUGAGUUUAAGAUGAUGUGUUAUGGAUGAAUGCUUUGAUCCAGUUUCUUAAAGAGAAAAUAGGAUUAUUUUGUUGAAAAUAAAAACAUUAAAUAUA